UCAAAUGGGUUUAAAAUCAAGAAUUUGCUUUCUACUCUCAAGAAAUUAAUAGAAACGGCCACUAGAUUGUGAUUUCAAUUAUGUAUGAACUUUCAUAUUGAAUCAUUUCUAUUUCCGCUAAUAGAUGUCAUAUUUUAUUGACUACUAACUCUUUGUUCUACCGAACCCCAUAUGUAGACAAGACAGAUGACCAAGCAAAAACUGCGUUUUGAUAACGUAAAGUUCUUUGAAGAGCUUUUUCCAAGGCUUAAUCUGUUAGUUGUAGAUCAUAAAUUAAUGGUGAUGCAAACAAGAAAUGACGUAUCUAAAUCUUCUUAUGCUCUUAGUAACCAACGGCCAGCUAUAAUCCACAUCAUUCGCAUAAGCUAAUUAAUCAUAACCUACAAUUAUAUACGAAAGAAGAUCAGAAAGAUGGUAAGAAAACUGAGCUUCUACAAUGGGGAAGAAGAAGCUAAGGCUGCAAAAUCAAGGCUCCCAUGUUAUAUUGGACAAUGGGUUGUUGAAGGUGACGAUAUCAAACCCCCAAGGGUAUGUAAUUGGCAUCACGUAUGGAGGCAUGGACAAUAUAUUAGACGUAAAAUCAAGCGAAUCUAAAAGAGGAUAUUGGGAUAUCAACUGGAGUUGGCCUGGAGGCAAGGACAGAUACCAAUUGCUUAAAGGAUCUGAAUUCAAUGUCAUCAACUCAAGUGAUGACACGAUUGAGAUAUCAUUCAGGAAAGAUUUUGACCUGUCAACUCGAGGCAACAAACUUCCACUUGGUGUGGACAUAAGGUACAUAAUGAGGACUGGUAUUCCAGGCUUCUAUUGCUAUGCAAUCUACGAGCACCCAUCAGAAUGUCGAGCUUUCGAUCUUGCUCAGACAAGAAUGGUGUUUAAGCUGCGACAAGAGAAGUUCCACUACAUGGCAAUUUCAGAUGAGAAGCAAAGAAUAAUGCCAAUGCCAGAGGAUUUGCGUCCAGGCAGAGGUGAACAACUAAUUGUACCUGAGUCAGUCCUGCUUGUAAAUCCCAUUAACCCUGAUCUGAAAGGAGAGGUAGAUGAUAAGUACCAAUACUCGGAGGAUAACAAAGAUGGAGGAGUUCAUGGAUGGAUAAGUUCCAGCCCAAACAACAUAGGUUUUUGGAUAGUUUUUCCAAGCUAUGAGUUCCGAAAUGGAGGUCCUACAAAGCAAAAUCUGACAGUCCAUACUGGUCCUACAUGUCUUGCUAUGUUUCAUGGAACCCAUUACAUUGGAGAAGAUAUACUCACACAUAUCAAGGAGGGAGAGGCAUGGAGAAAGGUCUUUGGUCCUAUUCUUAUAUACCUUAACUCCACCUCAGAUGUAUCAGAGGCACACAAUCUAUGGAUAGAUGCAAAGGAACAGAGAAUGCAAGAGGAAACGGCAUGGCCAUACAAUUUUGUCUCUUCAUCUUUUUAUUUAAUGGCUAGAGAACGUGGUUCGAUUUCAGGAAGACUAUUAGUCCGAGACAGGUUUAUUUCAAGUUCUCCCAUCCCUGCAAGAGAUGCACAUGUUGGUCUAUCUGCUGCUAGAGAAGAAGGUGCCUGGCAAACGGAAAGCAAGGAAUAUCAAUUUUGGGUAAAGACAGAUUCCAAUGGAGAUUUCACUAUUAGAAACAUUAUUCCUGGAGUCUAUGGACUUCAUGGUUGGGUACCUGGAUUCAUUGGUGACUAUCUUCACAAAUCACUAGUAACAGUAUCAGCAGGAUCUUAUACCCAUCUUGGCAUUCUGACCUAUAGUCCUCUCAGAGAUGGUCCUACUGUAUGGGAGAUUGGUUUUCCUGACCGUACUGCUAAUAGCUUCUAUGUUCCUGAUGUGAAUCCGAUGUAUGUCAACAAGUUAUUCCUUCAUAGCCCAGAAAAGUUCAGGCAAUAUGGUUUAUGGGAUGGAUACAGCGAUUCACAUCCAAGAAAUGACCAAAUUUUCACUGUGGGUAUCAAUGAUCCGAAAAAAGAUUGGUUCUUUGCUCAAGUUUGCAGAAGAGGGGAAGAUGGCAAGUAUGUUGCGACAACAUGGACUAUUAAGUUCAACAUGAAAUCCUUAACUGAUGGAAUCUACCGGCUGAGGUUGUCCAUUGCAUCUGCAACACGCUCGGACUUGAAGAUUAAUGUCAACUCGAUGGAGUCGGAGUCAUCUCUGGUCUUCCAGCUGAUGGAUCUAGGAAUGGAUAACACAGUUUGUCGACAUGGAAAUCAUGGACUGUAUCGAAUUUAUACCAUCGACGUUCCAUCUUCAAUGCUAGUUAAGGGAGAUAAUAGCAUAUUUCUCACGCAGGCAAGGAAUGGAGAUGCACUCUGUGGAAUUUUAUACGAUUAUUUAAGAUUGGAAGCUCCUGAUGCUACUCCAUGAAGUUGAAAAUCUAAUCCAAUGCUAUUUUAAUUGACAUUGGUUUCGGUGUGGCCCAAAUGUAUCGUUAAAAAGGACCCCAAGUUCUUGAAAAGGGAUACUCAAAACAUUCCACUAAUCAAAGCCAAAUUUCAUAUA